UGAUUUGAUUAAACUGCUCGUCACAACGUGGUUCAGUGUUCCCCUGGAAGUGGUCGAGUGACUUGUGGCAUUUGCAUUUGAAAUCCGACAAACAACAACCUGACACCAAAGAAUAAUUCAGUUUCCAGCUACAUCUCGAGUGAUAAAGACGAAAAAUCUGAAAUCUCUCAAAAGUGCGGUAUUUAAUCGUUCUUAUCAACAUCUUGUUUCACUCUAGAAUCUCUGACAAAUAUACAACAAUGGGUGAAACAUUCAUAGAAAUCCCUCAAGACUCCGAUUUUACCUACGAAAAUCUUCCCUACGGAGUAUUUUCUCGCACUGGUCAGAAUAAUACACGAAUUGGAGUCGCUAUUGGAGAACAAAUUUUGGAUUUGUUUGCUGUAGCUCAUCUCUAUGACGUUCCUUAUCAAAAUGCCCUCCGAGCUUCGAAUCUCAAUCCCCUCAUGGGACUCGGCUACGACGCAUGGGCAUCAGUGAGAGCACGCACCAUUCAGUUGUUGGCGCGAAAUUCUGAACUGGACAACAAUGGUUCCCUCAAGAACGAAGCUCUUGUAUCUCAAAGCAGCGUGCAAAUGCAUCUACCAGCAACAAUUGGGGAUUAUACGGAUUUCUACUCCUCCAUUCACCAUGCCACAAAUGUGGGAGUGAUGUUCCGCGGACGCGAAAAUGCAUUAAUGCCCAAUUGGAAGCAUCUUCCUGUGGGAUACCAUGGCCGAGCGAGUUCGGUUGUGGUUUCAGGAACACCUAUCCGUCGUCCUCUGGGUCAAACCCUACCCGUGGAUGGAGCAGAUCCUGCCUUUGGACCUUGUCGUCUACUGGACUUUGAACUCGAGAUGGCAUUCUUCAUUGGCGGACCGGAAACUCAACUUGGAGAACGUGUGGACAUCAAUGAGAGUCGAAAGAGGAUUUUUGGGUUCGUCCUGAUGAAUGAUUGGAGUGCCAGGGAUAUCCAAAAAUGGGAAUAUGUUCCACUUGGACCAUUUACUGCGAAAAAUUUGGGAACAACCAUUUCACCAUGGGUCGUUACUGUAGCUGCCUUGGAACCAUUUGUUGUGGACAACUUCCCGCAGGAUCCCAAACCAUUCCCCUAUCUCCAGCACAAUGAGAACUUCAACUUUGAUAUUAAACUCGAAGUGGACAUCAAGCCCAAGGGAGCUGUGAGAGGAACUACAGUUUGUAGGUCAAACUAUCGUCAUCUCUACUGGACAGCAUUGCAGCAAGUGGCUCAUCACACAGUUACAGGAUGCAAUUUGCGUCCUGGAGAUUUGAUGGCAUCUGGAACAAUUAGUGGAGACACAGCAGACUCUUUUGGAUCCCUACUCGAACUGUGCUGGAAGGGCACAAAGACCAUUCCACUUUCUGGUGGUGAAACCAGAAAAUUCCUUCAAGACGGAGAUGAAGUCAUUAUCAGAGGACAUUGCGAGAAUGGUGAUCGUAAAAGGAUCGGCUUUGGAUCUUGUUCAGGAGUGGUUUUACCAGCAACACCAUUGUAAGAAGAAUAUAAAAGCCCAAGAAUAAAAUAUUUUGUAUUUUUCAAAA